AUGUCGAAUGUACCGGCCAAGUUUUACACCCUGUGCCGACUGUGCCUGACAAAGGUUCGGGACUGUGAUCUUCCUGAGGCGACGGUAAAUUUUCGCCAUUCGCCAAAUGUCCAGCAGGAGCAGCAGCAACAGGAACCGAUCGCGGACCAUGAUCACGAGCUGAUGGAACAGCAGCAGCUCCCGAUCGUGGAGUGUAACGUGGAAAUUGUCUGCACAGAGGACGAUGAGGUUGGCGUUCGCAAUCAGACAGAUGCCAUCGUCUCACCGGAAGCGGAUGGUGAUGGCGGUGGUGGCGAUGGUGGCGGCGGCGGCGGCGGCGGUGAUGGUAGUACUGACGAUGGUAACGGUGUUGAUGCAUCGCACAACGAUGAGCGUAGAAAGGACGGCGAAGCAAGUGCCCUUCCGGUGGUCGUUACAGCGAAUGGAAGCGCUGCUGACGGGAAUCACAUUAGCAGCAGCAGCAGCAUCAGUGGAAAUGGUGAAGAAGAUGAGGACUACGAGGAUGAUGAUGUAUUCAGUGCCGGCAACAUGUAUCCUGAUCUUCCGAAGCGGAUAUGGACGUGUCUUUCAAUUAAGAUUACACCAGAGGAUGGUUUGCCAACGGUUGUGUGUAGUUCCUGUCGUGAUCAGCUAGAAUCCUGCCAUCGGUUCCGUCGGGUGGCUCACAGGACGCAGAAAUCACUGCAGAGCUACCUCAGCUAUACCGCAGCGCUCGCUGGUAGUGAAGAGGAAAUACUCGCCGAAUCUUCCGUGAAGUUGGAAAAUUUGAUUGCUUCGUCGCCCGCGACGCUUGCGCUGAAAGCGUCGGCCGAACAGGACGCGAUCGCUGCCCUGCAGGCGUUGCGCAACAAUAACAAUCAUACAAAAUCAGUUACCUCAGUACUUAGUAAAACGCAUCUACAAAACCUGGAAGCAAACGCCGUAUCUGUGAUCCCCAUCGAGAGUAUGAAACUUACUUCCACCGGCGUACUACAUCAGCCGACAUCGACGACUACCAUCAUCCAUCAGCAAGAGGAGCCGCAGCAGCAAUCGCUGCAACUAUUUCAGCAGCAGCAGCAGCAGCAAACCAAUCAACCAAAGCAGCCGCUUAUACAGGUGCGCAACCUGACGCAGCUGCAGAAGGAGCAUCUCGAGACGGCCGAGGUGUUGAUGGACAUCAGCAAGAAGGCCAUCAUCUCGCCGCCUAGCUCGAACCCCCAAUCGCCUAGUUUGCUCGCGGAGCAGAAGCAGCAGCAGCAGCAUUCGCUACAGUAUCAAAUUAACAUUAACAAUCAGCAUACACAGCAACCGCAAAGUAUUAAAUCUUCUGUGAUAAAGCCACACGAAUACCUUUUGAACAAUCUAAAGCGUACCCCUAGCAGCGAAGAGAUGGAUCUUACGAUGAAGCGAUUGAAGGUGGAACCGAACCUGGUCCUUUCGCCUGCGGUACCGGCCACCACGCUAGUGAAGAAGAACUUCAUCAAGCGGGAGAACAUCAUUGAGCAACUGGCGGCAACCGUGGCCGAUGAUCAGGCGAGCCAACACAGUGACAGUGUGGACAGCAGUGACUCGGGUCGGUUACAGAUGGACAUAUCCUCGCAGGAUGCACACUCCGAGUGUACCACCGACGAGCUUAAGUUGCGCAACAGUCUUCACCUCAACAACAACAACAAUCACCUGCAUCAGCACCAGCAACAGAUGGAUCAGCUUGGGCGCGAAACCCCGGACAGUAUGAAUUCCAUCGAAGAGCAGCAGCAGCAUCACCACCAGGCAGUAGCAGCAGCUGCGCUAGUAUCCGCUGUUCACCAGAUCCCCUUCGGAAGCUUACCGGAUGCGUCCGAUCCGACGAUGGCACAAUUAUGGCAGACAUUGGCGCAAAAUACGAGUCUCAUCGUGAAUGGUAGGGACAAUGAAACGACAGCCUUUUUACGAAAGAUGAUCAACGCACAAAAUCAUGGCAUUCAGUUUGCACCGUCCGUAGUACCGGUUGGUACAGGGCUGGCACUGCUUAAGCAAAACGAUAUCAUCCGGCACAAUCAAACGGGCCAGAGCGGUCGCCGAAAACAGUCCUGCCCAAUUCGAACACCCGUCGAAGGUAACUCUCCCAACUCAUCCCUCGACAACAAUGGCAUUAGUGGAGCGGGUGCAGUUUUGAAGCUCGCCACCGGCAAGAGUGCGACCUCCGGCAAUGUGCUGUUCCGUGUGGCGGAACACUCCAGCUCAUUGAAAACUUCACCUCAAAGUGCAGGGACCGCUCGGUCCGAGGCAAAUAGUACCGCAUCCGGUAAUAGCAGCCCUCAGCUGCUACCCCCCAAACCCUCAGCUCAAACACAAUCUCAGCAACAGCAGCAGCAGCAGCAAAAUUCUCAGCAAAAGGACAUGUCCUGUACGAACUGCGGCACGACGACUACCACCAUCUGGCGGCGGAACAUCCGCGGUGAGAUGGUAUGUAAUGCUUGCGGUCUGUAUUUCAAGCUGCACGGUGUGAACCGACCGCACACGAUGCGCCGUGACACGAUCCACACGCGACGACGACGCCCGAAAGGUGAUAAAAGCACACGAAGGAAAUCAAUCAAGCAGGAAAAUGGAGACAUCGUGGACAACGGCGUAGAAACAGCUGUCGAUCUACAAACUCUGCAAAACCAUCUAAAAGCACUACACGAAGCUGCUCGCAGUACGCCGCCCAACUUAACCAUGCCACCUGCCUUCCAACAUUAUCUGCGUGCGACACAAAACUUCGAUCCGAACGGUAGUAGUGAGCUACUGGGGGGUGAUGGUGGUGACGAUAGUGGGCCCGAAAAUGAUCUGGACUCGUGCAACCUGCCUCUCAAUCUGGUGGCCACGCAGCUAGGUAGCGAUUCGUCGCAGCACUGA